AUGCCCCCUUUCUCAGCCAAGCCCCUCAAGUCGUACGUGUCUUUCCCCUCGACUUCCAUGCGCUGCCCUUGUUUCAUCAUCUACUCCAGACUGAACACCCUCCACUCAUUCUUCCCAUGCAGUUCCGCACUAAGCUCCACGAUCCGACGCCAACCAUUCCUUUCUUUCGGCCUCCCCUUCAUCACCAUCAUCGUCCUCGCCUCCUUCGGACUGUCCUCUUUCACCCAAACUCGUUACGAUCUACGCGAUUCCAAAGUCUCGGCGGUGACCAAGGAGGAAGAGUUGGGUAUGAAGAAGGGGAGGAGGAAGUUCGAUGUGAGGGAGGAGUAUCAUGUACGUCAUCAUCUCGGGUUGAGUUGGGGAGCAAAAAUGCUGGGUUUGAGGCCGGGGUCGGCUCUCGGGGAACGAGCGAUUCGCGCUUGCAAACUCUCUGCUGACAUUCAAGUGACUUGAUCCAUCUCACAGCGACUUCAAAACGCGGGCCAGGGUGAUCUGUUAGGUUCCGGCGACGGAUGGGAGAACAAGAGGGUGCAGCGAUUACCGGGCCAGGACGAGUGGGGGACGUUGCCGAUCUCCAAGAAGCCCGAUGGUAGUGCAGAGUGA